AUGAAGGAAGUUAGUAAGCAAAAGGAAAAGUCUGAUGGACAUGAAGAGCUUGUAAAUGAAGGAUCUGCUGCUCGAACAAGACCUACAAGUGUGGAGGAGAUUAUGCUAAGAAGGAAGAGGAAAGAGACCUUGGAAAAUUUGAAGGAGGAAACGGUAGGAGCAGCUGAGUUACUGGGUAAGGAUAUUGUUGAGAAAGUUUCUGACUACCAUGAGCCUGAAAAAGGGCAUGAUAGAUCCAAGAAAGUGAGGCGUGAAGAACGUGUUAAGGACAGUUCAAGCAAGAAAGAAGACUCCAUUUCUAGUACUAAGGAAGAAAAACUAAAAAAAACGAUGAUAGAAGACCCUGUGGGAGCAGCUCAGUCACAGACUAGCGAUCUUGUUGAGAAGUUUUCUGACUAUCAUGCAUCUGAAAAAGGGCAUGAUAGAUCCAAGAAAGUGAGGAGUGAAGAACGUGUUAAGGACAAUUCAAGCAAGAAGGAAGAUGCCAUUUCUAAUUCAAGGGAAGCAACACUGAUGAAAGAGGACCCUGUGGGAGAGGCUGCGUCACAGACUAACGAUCUUGUUGAGAAGUUUUCUGACUAUCAUGCGUCUGAAAAAGGGCAUGAUAGAUCUAAAGAGCGCGUUAAGGACAGUUCAAGCAAGAAGGAAGAUGCCAUUUCUAAUUCAAGGGAAGAAAAACCGAUGAAAGAGGACCUUGUGGGAACAGCUCAGUUACUUGGUAACGAUCUUGUUAAGAAAGUUUCUGACUAUCCUAAGUCUAAUAGAUCUGAAAAACUGAGGCGUGAAGAGCGUGUUAAGGACAGUUCAAGAAAGAAAGAAGAUGCCAUUUCUAGUUCUAGGGAAGAAAGACUAGAUAAACCAAAAAGAGGGGAGGAGCCUACUGCAAAUAGAAAAAGGAAGGCAGAAGGAGAGCGUUCUAGAGCUGAAACAAAAUUAGUGGAAGAACAUAUUAAGGAUAGACGAAGAAAGAAAGAAGAAACGAAUUCUAGCUAUAAGGAGGAAAGACUAGAUAAAAAGAUGAAAAAGGAAGACCUUGCUUCUAACAGAAAAAUGAGCAUUGAAGGAGAAUGCUCUACAACUGAAACAAAAACAAUGACAGAUAGAGAUGGGCUUGGUGUAGACACCAAAAUGAAGUCAAAAAGAGAAAGCCAUGCGGCAAAGACAACUGAAAAGCAGAUUCAUCCGCAGGAUACAGGUCGUGAACAAGCAAGAAGUGCUCCUGAAAAUUUACCUGGUAGCAGGAAGCGUCUUAGAAGUCUAGUGGUGGCAGACAUACCUCGAGAUGAAAAUAGUAUAAAACCUGACGAUGGAGACAAGAGAAAGAAUCAAAAUGGAGAUCAUAAGAAGAAUAGAGAGAGGAAUAUGUCAAAGAGGCAUGAUCCAGGAAAAGUGCACAGUGUUCAAGUUUCAGAGCGAUGGGAGAAAAGGGAACAGUCAAAAUCACAUCAACGUGACAUGAGAGAGAAAAGAAGGAGAUCAAGAAGUCGAGAUCAUGGGCAGGAUAGACAGAAAAGGUCAUCCCCUUUACCAAGGGCUGAAAAGGCUACAUCGCGUCAUAAGAGAGGCCAUGAGGAGGACUUGGAAAAUGCUGUUAUAGAUAAGUCUGGAAAGCAUCAGUUUAAUGAUAACGAAAACAAAGCAGCAAGCACAGUAAAUAACAAAUCUAGAAGGUAUAGUGGUUCUAAAAGUGAACUUGGUGGAUAUUCACCACGGAAAAGAAGGGAGGACACCUCUGCCAAGGCUGCUUCUGCACCUAAUCUUUCUUCUGAGAAAAAGAGUGGUAAAUGGGAUCUUACACCUACUGUAACUGCUGGCAUCUUCUCAGGCUCAGCUUUUUCUGGUCUCCAAGCAGCAACUCAGACAGCAUAUCCUUCCAUCAGUGAGGCUUCCUUGACGCUCUUGAAGCCACUUAUGGAGGCACCUUUUAGGACGCAACCGGCAAGGCAGACCACUUCAGUUGAUUCUGUUCAACUGACUGAAUCCACCAGGCUUAUGAGGAGACUUUACGCAGAAAAUGUGCCAGAUUCAGCCUCUGAGAAGUCUCUGAUUGAAUACUUUAAUGGCUAUAUGCUAUCUUCAGGCUCUAAUCACAUAAAAGGAAGCGAACCCUGUAUUAGUUGCAUUAUAAACAAGGAAAAAAGUCAGGCACUAGUGGAGUUCCUUACUCCACAGGAUGCCUCUGCUGCACUAUCCUUAGAUGGCUGCUCCUUUGCGGGCGCAAACCUCAAAAUUCGACGCCCUAAAGACUAUGUCGAGACAACACUAAUGGAGAUUGUCAGCGUCUUUGGACCUUUGAAGGCAUACCGAUUUGUGAUCAAUAAUGAUCUCAAUCAGCGGUGCGCUUUCCUAGAGUACACUGAUGGAUCUUUGACCCCCAAAGCUUGUGCUGGUCUUAAUGGUAUGAAGUUAGGUGGCAAUGUAAUAACUGCCGUUUGCGCACGUCCUGAUGCAUCAUCUGUCGCGGUGAAUGAGAAUCCACCAUUCUACGGGAUACCUGAGCAUGCAAAACCACUUCUUGGCAAGCCUAAGCAUAUUCUAAAGCUUAAGAAUGUGGUUGACCCAGAAGAUUUCCCGUCUCUUUCCGAGGCAGAAGUGAAAGCAAUUCUGGAGGAUGUACGGUUUGAAUGUGCCAGGUUUGGGGUUAUUAAGUCGAUUAACAUCGUGGGACACCAGAGCAAAGAUAUCACUGGCUGGGGAACAGAUGCAUCGUUAAACCCAGAAACAACUGAAUCUAAAGAAACGAGCGUGUCACUGAAUCAGGAGAAAGACGAGGGAUCAAAGAAAGCAAAUGAUAUUGUAGACCAUGUAGAUCCUGAAGAGGUUGUCAGGCCAGACAGUUCGACGGUUGAAGACACGUUAAUUGAACCGUACUCAGAUACUGCCGUCGAGACAAACACUCAAGCAAAUGAAGAUCACGACGAAUCCAGUGAAAAGAUUGAUAGGGAAAAUGUACCGGACGAGCCAGAGAAUCCGCAAGAAGUAGUAGGAUCAGCGCGUGCUGUGAAGACAAGAUGGGAUACUGGAGAAAAGAUAGAGGAAGAAGAAGAUCCCAAGGAUGUGUUUGAGCCGGGUUGUAUCUUCAUCGAGUACAGAAGACCAGAAGCCACACGUGAUGCAGCGCAUUCGUUACACGGAAGGCUCUACGAAAACCGGAUCGUGAAAGCGGAAUACGUUUCUAAAGAGCUUUACCAAACCAGGUUCCCAAGUGGGUAA